AUGAAGACGCGCGUGUGGUCGUGUAAACCCUCGCUGGUUGGCUGGCAGGAUCGGCGCUCUAGCCAAUGGCGGUGCGUCUUGUUGCGAGGCAAGCAACCGGUAGAGAGGCAGGCGCGGCGUUCGGACGCCUUGGACCGCGACGCUUGCCCCUCGGCGGUCACCGAGUUUCUCAUCGCGGCGCAGAUUCGAAUUGCAGCCUUAAAUGCCAGCUCCACAGUUGAGGAUGAUCAUGAUGGAAACUUCAAAAGUCAUAAAAUCCAAACAAAGGAAGCCCAGGAAGCAGAAGCCUUUGCCUUGUACCACAAGGCCCUGGACCUGCAGAAACAUGACCGGUUUGAGGAGUCGGCCAAAGCCUACCAUGAACUUUUGGAGGCCCGUCUGCUGCGGGAGGCAGUCUCAUCAGGUGAUGAAAAGGAGGGCCUGAAGCAUCCAGGGCUGAUCCUGAAGUACUCCACGUAUAAGAACCUGGCCCAGCUGGCAGCACAACGGGAGGACCUGGAGACCGCCAUGCAGUUCUACUUGGAGGCAGUGAUGCUGGACUCUACUGACGUCAACCUGUGGUACAAGAUUGGACAUGUGGCCCUGAGGCUCAUCCGUGUCCCCCUCGCCCGCCACGCUUUUGAGGAGGGACUUCGGUGCAACCCAGACCACUGGCCUUGCCUGGACAACCUCAUCACCAUCCUGUAUGCCCUCAGUGAUUACACAACUUGCCUGUACUUCAUCUGCAAAGCCCUGGAGAAGGACUGCCGCUAUAGCAAGGGGCUGGUCCUCAAGGAGAAGAUCUUUGAGGAGCAACCGUGUCUUCGGAAGGACUCGCUCCGUAUGUUCCUCAGGUGUGACAUGUCAGUUCACGACGCAGCUGUGAGUGCAGCCGAAGCCCAGGCCAUCGUGAACGAAGCCUUGGGGCUGCGGAAGAGGAGGCAGGCGCUGACCGUGAGGGAGAAGGUGCCAGACCUGAAGCUGGUGCAGCCCAUCCCCUUCUUCACCUGGAAGUGCCUUGGUGAGAGCCUGCUGGCCAUGUACAACCACCUCACUACCUGUGAGCCCCCUCGGCCCAGCCUUGGUCAGAGUAUUGACCUGUCCGACUACCAGGACCCCGGCCCGGAGCUGGCCUCCUGUGUGGAGGCCCCACCUGUCAGCUUGGUCCAGCUGCCUCCUGUCAGUGUUCCACCAGCUGGAGUGGUGACAGAGCCUGUGCUUGCCUACGUCUCUGUGCCUGCUGCAAGCUUCCCGCGCCAUAGCCCUAGCCUGAUAGAGCCUGGCCUGCCUGGAGGUGAUACUUCUGGGGGAGACAGGUCCAAGAAAGGAGUAAAGCGCAAGAAGGUAGUGGAGGACAGUGGUGAGACAGCGAAACGCCGCUCAGCCCGCGUCCGAAACACUAAGUGCAAGAAGGAGGAGAAGGUGGACUUCCAGGAACUCUUGGUGAAGUUCCUCCCAUCCAGGUUGAGGAAGCUGGACGCUGAGGAAGAAGAUGGCCCCUUCAGCAACUACGAAGUCCAGUCAGACGCUAAGCCCGAUCACUGCCAGAGCACAGGGCCGCUCAGGCUGUCUUUUGACUCAGCCACAUUCAUGGAGUCCGAGAGACAAGAUGUGCACGAAUUCCUACUGGGGAACCAGACCAACGGCGGCAUUCUGGAGCUGAUGAUGCGCUACCUGAAGGCCAUGGGCCACAAGUUUCUGCUGCGCUGGCCCCCAGGGCUGACAGACGUGGUGCUCGGCAUCUACCACAGCUGGAGGCGGCACAGCACCAGCCUGCCUAACUCCCUGCUCAGGGACUGCAGCAACAGGCACAUCCAGGACAUGAUGCUAAUGUCUCUGUCCUGUAUGGAACUCCAGCUGGAUCAGUGGCUACUGACCAAAGGUAGAAGCUCUGCAGUGUCUCCUCGGAACGGCCCCACUGGAGUGAUCAAUGGCAGAUUUGGGCCCGACUUUCCAGGCACCCACUUCUUGGGUGACCUCCUGCAGCUGUCAUUUGCCUCAUCCCAGCGUGACCUCUUUGAGGACAGCUGGCUGGAAUUUGUGGUUCGUGUGUACUGGCUGAAGGCUCGAUUUCUGGCCCUGCAGGGGGACAUGGAGCAGGCCCUCGAGAACUACGACAUCUGCACGGAGAUGCUCCAGAGCUCGGCCACCCUUCAGGCAGCAGCAGGCGCUGAGUGGAGAGACCUGGUUAUCCGGCUGCCCAACCUGCACAAUGACUCUGUGGUCUCCCUGGAGGAGAUCGACAAGAACCUAAAGUCUCUGGAGCGCUGCCAGUCCCUGGAGGAGAUCCAGCGUCUGUAUGAAGCUGGUGACUACAAAGCUGUCGUGCGCCUUCUUCGCCCCACGCUCUGUGCCAGUGGCUUCGACCAGGCCAAGCACCUGGAGUUCAUGACCUCCAUCCCCGAGAGGCCGGCCCAGCUGCUGCUGCUGCAGGACUCACUGCUCCGGCUGCAGGACCAUCGGCAAUGCUUUGAAUGCUCCGACAUUGCCUUGAAUGAGGCCGUCCAGCAGAUGGUCAAUGCCAGCGACACUGCAGCCAAAGAGGAGUGGGUGGCCACAGUCACACAGCUGCUGCUGGGCAUCGAGCAGGCACUGUCCGCGGAUGGCAGCGGCAACAUCCUGAGGGAGUCCUCCUCCACCAGUGGCCUGGUCAGGCUUACCAGCAACCUCAUCCAGGUCAUAGACUGCAGUAUGGCCGUGCAGGAGGAGGCCAAGGAACCACAUGUGUCGUCAGUGCUGCCCUGGAUCAUCCUGCACCGCAUCAUCUGGCAGGAAGAGGACACCUUCCACUCCCUGUGUCACCAGCAGCAGCUCCAGGGCCCACCAGAUGAAGGGAUGUCAGAGUCGCCCCUGCUGCCGUCCUCCCUCAUGCUGCUCAACACUGCCCAUGAGUACCUGGGCCGGCGGUCUUGGUGCUGCAACUCAGAUGGGACCCUGCUGCGCUUCUACGUGCGAGUUCUUCGGAAGGAGCUUGCUGCGGCGCCCACCUCAGAAGACACACACCCAUACAAGGAGGAGCUGGAGACGGCUUUGGAGCAGUGCUUCUACUGCCUGUACAGCUUCCCUAGCAAGAAGAGCAAGGCCAGGUACCUGGAGGAGCACUCGGCCCCACAGGUGGACCUCAUAUGGGAGGAUGCCCUGUUCAUGUUCGAGUACUUUAAGCCCAAGACCCUUCCUGAGUUCGACAGCUACAAGACAAGUACUGUGUCUGCUGACCUGGCCAAUCUUCUCAAGAGGAUCGCCACCAUCGUGCCCCACACAGAGAGGCCAGUGCUGAGCCUGGACAAGGUGUCCGCCUACAUUGAAGGCACCUCCACCGAGGUGCCCUGCCUCCCAGAGGGAGCUGACCCCUCCCCUCCAGUGGUCAGUGAGCUCUAUUACCUCCUGGCAGAUUACCACUUCAAAAACAAGGAACAGUCCAAGGCCAUCAAGUUCUACAUGCAUGACAUCUGCGUCUGCCCUGACAGGUUCGAUUCCUGGGCAGGCAUGGCGCUGGCCCGGGCCAGCCGCAUUCAGGACAAGCUCAACUCCAAUGAGUUGAAGAGCGACGGCCCCAUAUGGAAGCAUGCCACACCUGUGCUCAGCUGUUUCCAGCGGGCCCUGGAAAUUGACAGCUCCAAUCUGUCCCUGUGGAUCGAGUACGGCACCAUGUCCUAUGCCCUGCACUCGUUUGCCUCUCGCCAGCUAAAGCAGUGGAGGGCUGAGCUACCCCCAGAGGUUGUGCAGCAGAUGGAGGGACGCCGCGACAGCAUGCUAGAGACUGCACGGCACUGCUUCACGUCUGCAGCCCGCUGUGAGGGUGAUGGCGACGAGGAGGAGUGGCUUAUCCACUACAUGCUGGGAAAGGUGGCCGAGAAGCAGCAGCAGCCACCCGCUGUCUACCUGCUGCACUACCGCCAGGCCGCCCAUUACCUGCACGAGGAGGCUGCCCGCUACCCCAAGAAGAUCCACUACCACAACCCCCCUGAGCUGGCCAUGGAGGCCUUGGAGGUGUACUUCCGGCUACAUGCGUCCAUUCUGAAGCUUCUGGCGAAGUCGGACUCUGGCGUUGGUGCAGAGGUGCUGGUCAGCUUUAUGAAGGAGGCUGCCGAAGGGCCCUUUGCCAGGGGCGAGGAGAAGAAUACACCCAAAACUUCUGAAAAAGAGAAGGCCUGCCUGGUGGAUGAGGACUCCCGGUCAUCAGCUGGGCCACUGCCGGGCCCUGGAGCCUCCCUCCCCUCCUCCGGUCCAGGUCUGACAUCCCCACCUUACACAGCCACUCCGAUUGACCACGAUUACGUCAAAUGUAAAAAAUCCCACCAGCAGGCCACGCCGGACGAGCGCAGCCAGGACAGCACGGCUGUGGCCCUGUCUGACUCCAGUUCAACUCAGGAGUUCUUCAGCGAGCCUGCCAGUUCCCAGGAGGGCUCCCGGAAGUCCUGCCCCACCGAAAAGAAGACAUCCACGCCUGGUGGCCAGGCAGGACCUCCUGGGAGAGACCUGCCCGGGGCCACAGAGGACAGAGGCAGAACAGAGGAGUCCUUGGGGAACAUUGAGGGCUUCCGGACAACAGAGCAGGUUGGCCCAAGGCCGGCUGCAGAGCCCCAGCCCGCCUGUCACUCCGCCAAGCCCACGGUGGCGGCCCCCUCCCUGUGGGAGGCCAAGAAGAGGGCAGACCCCACAGGCUUGGGCGAGCCAGCCGCCUUCCCCCAGGGGCUGCCAGCAGACACAGAGGAGCGGCGCCAGUUCCUGACUGAGCAGUGCAUCGCCUCCCUGCGUCUAUGUCUCAGCCGCUUUCCUCAGCACUACAAGAGCCUCUACCGUCUGGCCUUCCUCUACACCUACAGUGAGACCCAUCGGAACCCACAGUGGGCCCGCGAUGUGUUACUAGGCAGCAGUAUCCCGUGGCAACGGCUGCAGCACAUGCCUGCACAAGGGCUCUUCUGCGAGAGGAACAAGACCAACUUCUUCAAUGGCAUCUGGCGGAUCCCCGUGGAUGAGAUUGACAGGCCAGGCAGCUUCGCUUGGCACAUGAACCGCUCCAUCGUGCUGCUGCUCCAGGUGCUGGCCGAGCUGCGGGACCACAGCACCCUCCUCAAGGUGACCUCCAUGCUGCAGCGCACUCCAGACCAGGGCAAGAAAUACCUCCGUGAUGCUGAUCGCCAGGUCCUGGCCCAGCGGGCUUACAUCCUCACCGUGAAGGUGCUCGAGGACACCCUGACUGAGCUUGCAGAGGGUUCUGAAUGCACGAGACACAAAGCUUCUGGUCUCCCUGGACCCAGGAUGACCACAGAUGCCUCUCACCAGGCCAGCCCCGAGGACGGCCAGCAGGCCCUGCCUCACCCAAAGAAGCCUCCCCUGGUUGAUGGCUUGGGGCCAGGGGUGGAGCCAGGGACCAAAGUGAGCCCCCCCAACCACUGGUCUGUGGCCCUGGACACAGGUGACAGCACGGACCAGGAAGCAGAGUAUAGGGACAAGGAGAGCCCCCGGGCCAGCCGUACUGAGCCUAUGGACACAAGCGAGGUGGUCACUCAGCACCCUGAUUCAGAGAGUGUGCCGCCAGUGGAGUGGGGUUCUGAGAACCGGCCGGCUGAGCUGUCCCUGGAGGAGCUGAGCAUCAGUACAGGGCAGCAGCCCACCCUGCCCACAUCCAUCCCACCUGCCCCCACCACUUCAGCGACUGGCCCCAGGCUGGGUGGCUCCCCAGAGGAGCUGGCCUCAAGACCCAGCCGCAAGAGGAAGCUCCUGGAGGACACGGAGUCUGGCAAAACGCUCCUGCUGGACGCCUACCGCGUGUGGCAGCAGGGCCAGAAGGGUGUGUCCUAUGACCUGGGCCCCAUUGAGAAGAUCAUGUCCGAGACCUACAUGCUUAUUAAGCAGGUGGACGAGGCAGCAGCACUGGAGCAGGCCGUGAAGUUUUGUCAGGUACACCUCGGGGCCGCUGCCCAGCGACAGGCUGCAGGGGACACUCCCACCACCCCAAAGCACCCCAAGGACAACCGAGAGAACUUUUUUCCUGCGGCAGUGACUCCCACCACUCCUGAGGCAACAGCAGCUGAUACCCCCCUACGCCCAGUGGACAGCCAUGCCAAGCGCCCUGCCCCAGCCACCUCCCCUGCCGCCGUCAGCUGCCCACCAUGUAUGUCAGCCUCUGGCCCAGACCCAGCUAAGGACUCCAGUCACUGCCGGCUGCAUAGGCCCGAGGCUGCCCCCAGCACCACUUCUCUAUCCCCAGAGGGAGCAGAGCUGGCAGGAGCAGAGGGCACCAGCUUCCCACUCCAUGAGCUUCAGCGUGGCCAGCAGGGGAAGCCAGCCCCAGCAGUGCCCCCGACAGAGCUGGAUUGCUGGCCAGUGGAUGCUGCCCCCUUGACAGGUGCCGAGUCCACCUGCAGCCAGGUCUUGGGCUCCAAGGCCCUCAGCAGUGGGGGCAGCCAGCUACCUGGGGACUCCCCAGGCAAGGCUGAGCCCAGCCGGGCCAAGCUGCGUCUGCUGCCCAGUAUGCCAAAGCUGGUCAUCCCCACCGCAGCCACCAAGUUCCCCCCUGAGAUCACCGUCACCCCCCCCACCCCGACUCUGCUCUCACCCAAAGGCAGCAUCUCUGAAGAGACCAAACAGAAGCUGAAGUCUGCCAUCCUUUCCGCUCAGUCAGCUGCCAAUGUGCGGAAGGAGAGCCUGUGCCAGCCGGCCCUGGAGGUCCUGGAGACGUCUAGCCAGGAGUCCUCGCUGGACAGUGAGACAGACGAGGAUGACGACUACAUGGACAUCUGA